ACAUUUCUAAUGAUAAUGUACAUCACAAUAGCCGAAUUGCCCGAGGCUGCCCAGAGUGACAUUCGACACCGAUGGUCGAAAUUCCAGUUAUGUAACAAUGAGAUAGCAGUGUGGUACUGUGUUAUAUCUAAAUAUUAUAUAAGACAUUUGGUGGUUUUUGUUAGUAGAUGUAAAGUAAUACGCUUGCAGCUACCAAUCAUGAAGUUACAUAUAACUGUAAUUGGAUUAGUAGUUUUAUUUACUGUAAUACAUCAAAGUUUAGCGAAAAGACGGAGGAAACCAUGCAAGUUCGGAGAUAAAAUUGAGUAUGGUCAUCUGGGCAAAGAAGUUAAAAUUGGAGGUGGACUGGAUGCAUAUGUUUCACAUCCUAAUAGUACAAACUCAAAAGGAGGAGUGAUUGUUAUUCAAGAUAUUUACGGAUGGGAACUUUCUAACACUAGAGCUAUUGUCGAUAUGCUAAUGGAAAAUAAUUUUACAGCUAUUCUGCCAGACGCUUUUGAAGGAAAAUUUGCAUGGAACCGCUCAAUGUCGUGGCUGUCAUUUGGUUCAUUUUUUGAAGAUAGGCCGGCAGAUGGUGUUGGAAAUGUAGUUGACGCCUGCAUGGAAUAUUUGUCCAACGAAUAUUCCAUCGACAAAAUCGCAAUCGUUGGAUUUUGUUGGGGUGGCAGAGCUGUUCAUCACAUGAUGUCAUCGCGCAAAGAUCUAGUUGCUGGCGUUUCAUGCUAUGGGUUGAUGGAUGCAGAAGAUGAAGAUUUUGGUAUCCUGAAUAAUUCGACUUUAUUCAUUUACGGAAGAGCGGAUAGACAAUUCAAUUCUGCCCGGAUCCGAGGUCUCAGAAAAGCAUUGAAAAGUAAGGCAAAGGCAAAAUAUGCGAUUCGUGGAUACAAAGACCAACCACAUGGAUUCCUGCAUAGAAAACUCGCUUCACCGGACGAUCCACAUAAAGAACAAAUUUACGCUGCAAGAAGAAAAAUGAUUCAAUGGCUCGAUCGUUAUUUGACGAAGUAGAUGAUUCAGCGUUUAUAUCGUGAAAUUAUAUGUGGGGAUUUUUGGGAAUUCAUUUUCAUAUAGCCUAUACCUAAACAGUAUUCUGAAAAUUGAGUAACGAAGCAAAGUUGUUGCAUAGUAAUAAACACGAAAAAACAUUGCAAAUA